AUAAUAGACAGACUAGACACGCAAGUGUAAAGCAUAUCUCUUUUUCCCCCCUAGAUUGAUUCUGUCUCUACCAUCACGGAGAUAGCGAAUCCAACUGCUUAUGCAUGCAGCUUAUGUGUCUACGGAUGAAAUAACUCCGGCCGCAGAUAUUCCAUCUGCACCCAUGAACACUAUUGCUGAAUUGACAACAACUUCCGAAGAAAUCGCUACAACAACAGAAGUGCCCAGCACGCUAUCGGUUUCCACAGGUGAUCCCACUUUUACAGUCUGGGCAGUGAAUCCCAGUACGGAAGCAACAACUCUGGCUGUGGAAACGUCAAUCCUGACCGACCAAUUGACUGUAGACACACUGAAAAAUUCGAUUAAUGAAGCGACUACAGCCGGUGAAAUUGUUCUGUCGUCAGAACCAACAGCAGCACAUGGAGAAACAUUGACCUCAAUUUCUACAAUAAGCCCUACCGUUUCGCACAACUGUUUCGCAUUUUGGGCGUUUCGCUUUCGCAGUUUAAGGACUCCCGGGAAAAAGUGACGGCGCAGCUAGAUGAUAAGCAUCAUCUAGCUGAGCGCGACCAGCCAAGAUGUAGGCAAAUUACGCACUAACUCUGCUAAGGAAAAUUUUUUAACCAUACCGAUGCUUAAAAUACAAAACCAAUAAUAAAACUUC